AUGAUCUGCGGCGGUACACCGAUCGCUGACUCCAGCUGUCGGUCCGUCAAGAGUUACGUGCGUGCUGUUCGACACCCUCAGGUCCUCAGCCUCAUUGAGGAUCCCAACAGCAAAAUUCGACGAUUUAGAUGGGAACCCAUCACCUUUUCGGAAGAAGAGGAGAAGGGCAUCAUCUUCCCCCAUUCCGAUCCCAUGAUCAUUCGAGCAGACAUUGUCGAUUUCGACGUAGGCCGAAUCCUCAUCGACACCGGAAGUUCAGUCAAUGUUCUCAUUGCCGAUGCUUUCAACGGUCUUGGAAUCGACCAUCAAAGCCUCAAGAAAGAGAUCACUCUUUUCCUAAGCUUAUCGGGCAAUGUGGUCGAGCCAAUCGGGAGCAUCCAGCUUCCCAUUGCCAUCAGCUCCGGCCCAAGAAGGGCUUUCAUCUACACUCACUUCCAGGUAGUCAACUGCCCAACCGCAUACAACGCCAUCAUCGGCAGACCCGCCCUUACCCGAAUGAAAGCCAUCCUGUCACCACAUAUGUUGCUGCUCAAAUUCCCUACACACUCGGGAAUCGGCCAGGUUCGAGGGGACCAAUUGAGCGCUAGGAUUUGCUACGUAUCAUCCACGGAGGAAUCGACAACCCAGGCAUCAGGGCAACAACCACCCGAAACGCUAACCGUUACCCGCCCAAGCAUGCCGAACGGCAGGGGAGGGACCGAACGUCCCGAUGACCCCUGGGACGACAAUGUGAUGCCGCACGCUCAACCUGCCGAGGAGCUCGAGACGAUCUCCAUCUCCGACACACAUGAUCGGCAGGUCCGGAUCGGCACCUCCCUCAGGCCAAUUCGGAAGUUUUCCCUUGGUCUUACAACGAUAUGCCUGGCAUCUCCCCGGACGUCAUCAGCCACAAACUCAGCAUCUCCCCUUCUUCGAAACCGGUCCGACAGAAGAGACGAUCCAAUGAAGACCGAAGUAGACAAGCUUCAGGCAAUCGGCUUCAUCCGAGAAGUCACCUACCCCAUUUGGCUCGCCAACUCAGUCUUGGUGAAGAAAUCCGACGGCGACUGGCGAAUGUGCCAGGAUUACACCAAUCUGAACAAAGCAUGUCCGAAGGAUAGCUUUCCGCUACCAAGAAUCGACCAACUGGUGGACGCCAUGGCUGGCCAUGAGCUCCUCAGCUUCAUGGACGCCUACUCCGUCUACAACCAGAUUUUCAUUACCGACAGAGGGCUUUAUUUCUACAACGUCAUGCCAUUCGGCCUAAAGAAUGCAAGAGCUACGUACCAGCGGCUGGUCAACAAAAUCUUUGCCGAACUCAUUGGCACUUCAAUGGAGGUCUACGUCGACAAUAUGCUGAUCAAAAUGCGCCUGAACCCAAGCAAGUGUGCCUUCGGCGUCUCUUCCGGCAAAUUCCUGGGCUUCAUGAUCAGCCAGAGGGGGAAUGAAGCCAACCCCGAGAAGAUUCGAGCGCUCAUCGAUAUGCAAGUGUCGAGGACGAGGAAAAAGGUUCAGAGCCUCACCGGCCGAGUCGCCGCUUUGGGCUGUUUCAUAUCAAAGGCCACCGAUCGGUGCGCCCCUUUUUUCAAAGCCCUCAAAGGAAGAAAACGGCAGGUCGAUUCGACUUCCGAAUGCAACCGAGCGUUCGACGAUCUGAAAGCCUACAUGAGCCGAGCCCCUCUGCUGUCCACCCCUAUUCCCAGAGAAAACCUCGUCAUCUAUCUCUCGGUCUCGGCAUCGACCCUGAGUUCCGUGCUCAUCCGUAAACCGAACGGCAUCGAACUCCCCAUCUUUUAUAUGAGCCAUGCAUUACAGGACGCCGAGCAACGGUACCCCCCAACUUGA